GCAAAAGCAUUGUUGUUUGAUAUUGCAUGAUAUUGCUAUAUACGUCACACUCUUCACACGGAAUGAUCAUCUUCAGUCCCUCUCAGCGCGGAUGCGGGAGGCUUCAUGAAGCUGGCUGCAUUCCCUUCUUGCAGGACUUCCGCCCACAGGUGCCUCCACCUUGUCUCGAGACGCUGGAUGCCGCGUUGUGGGCUCUCUUGUGUCAUCGCCCCGAGGCCGCCGAGAAGGAGGGCUCAGGCGAUGCCUUUAGCACGCCGCUCAAACGCCGCAAGGACGGUCCUUACCCCCGCGAAGAGCGCUUCGAAGACCAGUUUGCGUUCAUUGGAGACCUUGAAGCUGCCAGAGCUCCAAAUCGGUGAGGCAGAUCAGCAGAUACUGCUGGACAUGGCCGUCCGCUUGAAGUUCUCCGAUGCUUCACAGCGACCUGCAGCAUGCCGAGAGCUUUGGCAGCUGGCUGUGGACAUGCCAAGGCUACUGUUGACCUAUGCUCCGGUGGUCGAGGGUCUUUGCCUUUGCCUUCGGGAGUCCGAGAAUACGGCGGCCUGCGACGUGCUGUGCCUUUUACUCGAGCAGGAGAAGGAACAUAGGCGGCAGUCACCGGCGGCAGAAGCGGAAGAGGCGCUUCCUGCCUUGUGGCAUCUUCUGGCCCAACUGCUUUCGUCAGGCGUGGUCGAAAGCCCUUUGGCUCAACAUGCCCUGCGAGCUCUUCUCCAACUCCUUCAUUUAGAACCAGGAGAAGGAAAGAAUGAAGCAUCAAUGAAGCAGUGCCGAAAUGCACAGCAGAUGCUCCAUUGCAUCUAUUUGGUCUCGGAGCUCCUUCGUUCCCUGCUGGCGUUGAGGCGGCAAGCCUUACGCUGUGCUGCGGAGGCUCUAGAUUGGUUCCGCUGCCUGGGUCUUCCAAAAGCACACGCGGCUGAGAAGCUUCCGUGGUUCGAGCCACUCCCUUCCCACGACUGGACGCCUGAGACGCUCUUGCUGAUCGAUGUCCUGCUGGGCCUCCUGCAAGGAGUCAUGACGUGCUCCAACGCCGAAGAGCUCCUAUCAAGCUGGGCAAGAGAGAAUGAAGUGCUGGCAGCAAUGGUCUCGUCCUUGGUGUUCGACCUUCGUCUUCUUUGGGAGCGUCCCUGGCAGUGUGCGGAACUGCUCUCAAGGGCGGUAGCCCUGUGGGCUCCACAGCAAGCAAAGGAGUUCUCAAUCUUUCAGCAGAUGCUGCAAGAAGGCGAGACACCAGAUGCUGGCAUCAAGAACCUUGGGGAGGAGUCAGAUGAAGCACCCGGCAGGGAAGCAGCUUUGUGCCAGGCUGCGCAACUUCUUCAAGUUGGCCUUAGAGAGCAGAUUUUCAUCACAGGGAUGAGAGAGAGAAGCGUGGUUCGGUUGCGUUCUGAGUGCCGCGAGGAGUUGCAGAAGGCGUUGAGCGAAGGCUUGGCCGCUUUAACCAUGUGGCAGGGAGGCGGAUCCUUGGUGCUUGGCUUUCAGGACGAGGAGCAAGUGACAGGCCUGGAAAUGAUGUAUCACCUUCUUCGAGAACUGCCUGACCUUCAAAAUACGUUGAGUGAAACGAUGGAGAUCAAAGAAACGAUCACCGAGUUGGAGCAGUUGAUGCAUCAGAGGCUCCUGCCGGGCUUGUAUCAGCUGGUGGAAGAUGACUGGGGUCCACGCGGACGACUGGCAGAUCCAGAACUCUUGCGUGCUACCCAGCUGCUGCUGCGCAUGGCCUUGGCACUGCGCGUGUUUCGCAGAGAAGAACAUCUUGAAUCUAUGGACUGGCUUCAGCUGCUGAGUGUGUUGGCUCUUGCUCCUGCCCCGGUACCUCGCUUGGCGCUCUCCUUGGCGGUGUGGCUUCCUACGGAUGCCGCAGAUGCAGAGGGGCGGCACUUUGGGGAGGUCCUUUUGGAGCUUUUGUCCGCGCGGCAGAACACCACCACGUGGCGGAACGCACAAGAGAUUCGAUGUGCGCUGUGGUUGGCAGCUGAUCUUGCUCCUCCCGAAGCCGUGGCCUAUAUCACUCCCUUCCUGCAGCACGUGGAUGCUGUUGUGGUGGCGACUGCCUGGAGAUGCCUGCGAUGCUUGUUGUUCCGCGAUGAAACCGACGAAGAGACGCCACUGCAGCGCCGUGCGACGCUGGGGCGCGCGCUGCGCGCCCUCCGGGGCUGGAGCAGAGAGGAGAAGAGUUGCGCGGAGCAGUUUGCGCUGCCAGUGGCUGAAGCCUUGGAGACCGUCCGGUGGAUCUUGGAGGCAGGUGAGCCCCUGGUGAUGCAAGUCUUGGAGUCCAGGAUUUUUGAGAGUGGCCUCUUCCAGAAGUCCUUCAGCUCCUCUCACCUCGGUUUACGUCGAAGCGCGCUACGGCUCCUGAGUGCACUGCUGGCGGCAGAUUUUCCUCAAUCAGUGCCUGCGAUCUUUAAGGCAGGCCUCUGGACUUCUGCUUUGGCAGCUGCUGAGGUCGAGGAGCAGAGCUUGGAUUCCUGUACUGUGACGACAGAUUUGGUGCUCUUGGUCAUGCAAGGUAGCGGAGAAGAUUCGCAGCUGCUGCUGUGGCUUUGCAAGAGCACAUCGUUUUUACAAGACUGGCAGCACGUGUUGCAAUACCUGGGCACAUUUGCGAAGAAGGCAGAAGUGCAAGGCGACAGAACCUCUCGGCUGGCCGAACUGUUGCGACUGCAUUUGGUGGCCUUGUUACGCUUGAUGGAGCUCUGGGAGGAGGACUUCCAGGAUUUUCUUUUCUCCUGGCAAGUGCAGCUGGCCUUGUGCGAAGCUCUUCAGGCAGAUUUCCCAGCGGAGACGCGGCACGUUGCCACAGCUGCCUUGGCUUCCUGGGCCGGGCGUCGUGUGAACCGCGUGACGCAGGAGACCAUGACGAGCGACGAUGAGCUCUUGGGCCACCGUGCUGCGCAGGGUUUCUUGCGAGUUCUGAGCAGUGACAGUCAAGCCAAGUGGCUGACGACCUCAGCAGCCGCAGCCGCAAACCUCUACGCAGCAUCACCGUUGGCCGCCUCUGGCGCCAUCUCCGAGCUGCCGCAGCUCAGCAGAGCCUUGGAGCAACUGGCGGCCAUGCGCAGGCAUCAGCAGCUGAUCUGGGUGAUGCGCGUCUUCUUUGCGAUGCUCAUCUCUUCCGCAGAUGCACUUGCAGGAGCACAUGCAGGAGGUUCGCUGGCAUCAGCGCUGCUUGCCAUCAGAGCCAGUGCCGACAGAGACGAGGCAGUUUGCCUGGAAUUCCUGGAGCAGCUCUCAAAACUUGCUGAAGCUUUGGUGCAGCUCAAGGAUGAAGAGGUGUGGUCACAGCUUUUGAGCUGGCUCAUGCGGCUCAGCAUGAAGAAACAACUCCCAAGUGCUGCCUUUUGUUGCGUGAUGGACAUCCUGUGCCUUUCCAGUGAGAUCUUAGCCGGGAAGCCCAUGCUCUUCCGAUACUUGAGCCAGCUCAUGGAGGCGAUCCAAAGUCUUUCCAAGACAUCGAGCUCGAUGUCGUCUCGCUGGAGAAGCAAACGGCUUUGCGCUGCGAUGAACUUUAUCGCAUCCAUACAGAUGUGUCCUAGGAGCACUGCGAUCCUCACAGGUUCGGGCGCAGCAGGAGAAGUUCGCAGGCGACACUUGUCGGCCCCUUUGGAAGCAGGCUUGGACCUGUGGUUUGACUUGACAGCACAAGGGGAGCUGCACAGCAUGGUCCGCUUUGCGGCUUUGCGAGUCCUACUGGCCUUGUCCGAGGCCAUGCCCAAGGCAGGCAGACCGCCAGGUGGCCAAUGCUUCAAAGGUCUGGCCGGCGCUGGGAUCUACGGGAAGGACGUUUGGCCACCCCAUUUGACACUUGAGUCCAAAGGAGCUGAAGUGGUUGAGCCCAAGAAACUCAAGUCACUUCUGCUGAAGGCCAAUCGAGAGAUUGCAGAGGUGAGGGAAGAGCUCGCCAAGCUAGAUGUGCGAGUGGAUGAGAUCCAGGCCAAAAACGCCAACUACUUGGAAGAGAUUUCCUUGCAAGACAGCGAGGUCACUCGGCUUUGUGCCCGGGCCGCGCUCUCCGAGCAAAAGCUGGCCGAAGCCUUCCAGCAGAAGAGGGAUGGGCAGCAACUGCGCGAAGAGAAACAGGCAGCAAGGGAGGCGGAGCUGUCGAAGCUUCGGGAGAGUCUCCGUGAGAAAGAGGAGGCUUUGGCGCAGGUCAUCAUCCCCAAGGAGACAGACGUGGGAGUCGACGUGCCCCAAGCAGAUCCAAGAGAACUACGCUCAGAACUUCGGGCUUUAGAGAGCAAGGAAAGCGCCCAGAAGUCCUUGCUGGAGACAUCCAGGCAACAAGCCGCCAAGUUGACCAAGGACAUCGCCAAAGAGCGUCAGCGGAUGGAGGAGAGCGGCGCUUCUGAGGCUUCUGAGGAUGCAGCCAGCUGUGAGGAGAACGAAAAGGCCUUGAAGGUGGCCAUCACCUCCAAAGGAGUGGAUCCAGCCCGAGUAGAUGAAGCCGAGAAAGAGGCUGAAAGGGUGACAGAAGAAUUGAGGAGCGAAUUGGCAUCUGCAGAGGAGAAGUGCCAAGAGCUUCGGUCCAAGCUCGCAGCGACCACCAAGAAAGGUGCCGAGGAUGUGAAGGACCUGGAGCUCACUUUAAGCAGUGCUCGAGAGGAUUUGCAGAGGAGCUUGGAACAGGUUCGAGAGGCCCAACGAGCGGAGGCGGCUCACGCCGAGAGCAAAAUGCAGGCUGAACGCCAACGAGCCAACCUUGAGACGCUGGGCACAAACGCCUUGCGCGAGCAGAUUGACAAGCUCCAUGAGAGUUUGAGGAAAGAAAAGGCCUCACCACCAAAGCCACAGGGUGGCCUCAUGAGCUUGCUGGAGGAGGACCUCCGGAGGAUCAAGCAGCAGGCAUCCAAUGCGGAGCAGCAAGCUGAGGAAAAGGCAAAAGAGCUCUUGCGGACCAAGCAGCAGCAGAGGGAUGUUCAGGUCCAAGCUGAAGAAGAAGCCAUUCAGGUGAAAGCUAAGAUCCAAGAGAUUUGGCGACACCUUGCUGCUGGAUGA